AUGACAGUAUCUACAAAGGUGUUAUGGAAUGGGGCCAUCUCAGAUUCUUUUAUUCCAUCCCGUGGCAUCCGUCAUGACGAUCCUUUGUCACUGUAUCUUUUCGUUCUUUCUAUGGAAUGGUUAGCACAAGCUAUUCAGAAGGAAGUGGAUGAUGGAAAUUGGAAGCCGAUUAGAUUGGUUCGUAACGGUCCAUGUCUAUCUCAUCUGUUCUUCGCAGAUGAUUUAGUGUUAUUCACUGAAGCGUCCUUGGACCAGUUAGAUGUGAUUCAACGGGUUCUGAAAAAGUUCUGCUAUAGUUCAGGCCAUAAGUUUAAUCAUGCAAAGACACAUAUCUUCUUCUCGCAUAAUGUGGAUGACACUGUUUUCCAAGACAUUAGCGAGGGAUUCAAUUAUUCAAGAGUAGAUGAUCUCGGGCGUUACCUGGGAGUUCUCCUUCUGCACAAACGAGUAACUAAAAAGAUUUAUGAUUAUUUAAUCCAGAAGGCCCGAGAUAGACUUGCUGGAUGGAAAGUGAAAUCUCUCUCUUUUGCAGGCCGUAUUAUGUUGGCCAAAUCGGUUUUAAACACGUUACCUACAUAUGCCAUGCAAACAAGUUAUUUACCAAAAGGUGUUUGUGAAGAAAUAGAACGGUUGACGAGAAAUUUCAUUUGGGGCCAUUCCGAUGAGAAGAGAGGCAUCAAUCUCGUCUCUUGGGAUCGAAUUUGUAUGCCGAUCGAGCAAGGUGGACUUGGAGUUCAGAGAAUAGUUACUCAAAACGAGGCUUUUCUGAUGAGAUUGGGUUACAAACUUUUGACGAACGAAAAACAACUAUGGGCUAGAGUUCUCCGAACCAAGUAUAAAUGGGGUGGCGUCAUUCCUGAUCUCCUCGCUCGUCCUGGGUGCUCUCGUAGGUGGGACAUAUUGCGAGCUUUGUUGCCGGAUGAGAUCUUGUUAUCCCUUCCAGCUGUGAUUCCACCUAGGCUAACCGGUGGAGAUGAUAGACCGAGAUGGAAAUUGGAAAAGAAUCAUCAAUUCACCAUAGCUAGUGCCUACAAUCAGCAUUUGGGGGUUUCUCUUGAUGUGGAUUCUGACCUGUGGAAAACCUUAUCACGUUACAAGGGAUUACCGAGAGUUAGUUAUUCUGAUGUGAAGCAAUGGAUUCUUACAUAUCUGAGUGACCCGGAAUAUUUCCCGAUCAAUGGCAAAGAGUGGGACCUGCUAUUUGGUUUGAUCCUUUGGUGCCUCUGGACACGGAGGAACAAAGUCAUUUUUGAUUCAGGAUUCAUUGAGACUGCAAGCAUAUUACAGCGUGGAAGACGUCUUUGUGAAGAAGCUUUUCGUGCUCAUGUGGUCAUGAAUGGCUUUACAGGAAGUGAUUCAAAUGGUGUACUUCUCAUUUGA